AUGUUCCGUCUAGUGAUGACAAUCGGCGCCGUGCUUACAGGCUCGUCGAUGGUGUACUUUUACAUCUCCCACCAAAGACUAUCAUCGCGCAUCCAUUAUGAAUCACACCGCGGGCUAUCAUCGCCCAAAUCAAAGCCGCGCAGCAUCAAGUCCAUCCCUGACUCUGUAUUUACAGGCCAGUACUACACGCUGCAUGACCAUACCUGCAAAUCUGUGCCUCGCAGCUCUCUCCCUGGUAUUUCAACUGAAAUACUAUUUACCAAGCUUGUCCGUCGCAAUAUGACGACCUUUUCGCAUUUCCCACAGGCCCUGAUGAUUCGACUUCUCUGUCAAACCGAAGAGGCUAAGCAGAGCUUCAAAUCAUCGCAUAUUUCUGCCCUCGAUUUUGACAAGGGGGACUUGGUCUGCGGCGCAUAUCGUGUUAUUAUGCGCAGCGGCAAUCAAGUUGAGUUUGAUUUACAAUUUGAGAACAUGGAGUUCAUGAAUGCUAGACUCGCCAUUAGCUUCUAUGAGAAAGGAGACGAGGUGGUGUUUUGUACUGAGACCAUGAAUUGGAGACUCGCAGAUGAAACGCAGAGUAUGCCACUGGAGAAGCGAUUACUUCGAUGGAUGCAUGAGACUGCAACUUGGUGGCUGAUCGACUCUGGUAAGAUUCCGAACGUUCGUUUCAAGCCACUACUUCAGAGCGUCAUCAUCGAACCAAGCACGUUCUUCCCGACCGAGCACGAGGCUCCGUGGGAUUACUUGGGCCUCGUGUUCAACGAGGAAUCGGGGGAAUGCGAAGAGAUCGAUGGCAACGAGAUCGUUGAAGGUGGUGAAUGGAAGAACCCGUUGGAAUGA